AUUGCAUCACCUCCACAUGCGGAACGCGGUCGCAGGCUCAACCUGAGCGAGCUCUAGGGGUUCUCAGGUAAGCCGCACCCUCCGCCCUUCUGGACCGCAGAGUGAGACCCGCCCGUGUAACAACCUGCGGACCGCACUAGGCGGUGAAAAAGGAGCACGCUGCUUCUCACCGUGAGUGAGCUGCGGGCACAAAGCUAUUUCCAGAGAGCCUUCGUGGAGGGAGACAACAGAAUGGUUCAACAAGUUCCAGAAAACAUCAGUUUCCCUGCUGAAGAAGAAAAAAUCUUGGAGUUCUGGUCCAAACAUAACUGUUUCCAGGAAUGCCUAAAGCAGUCAAAACUCAGGCCAAAGUUUACCUUCUAUGAUGGGCCUCCCUUUGCUACUGGACUGCCUCACUAUGGACACAUACUCGCGGGGACAAUCAAAGAUAUAGUUACAAGAUAUGCUCACCAGAGCGGGUUUCAUGUUGACAGAAGAUUCGGGUGGGAUUGUCACGGCUUACCUGUGGAGUAUGAAAUUGAUAAGACACUGGGGAUCAAAGGCCCAGAGGAUGUGGCCAAAAUGGGGAUUGCAGAGUACAACAAACAGUGCCGAGCAAUCGUGAUGAGAUAUUCUACCGAGUGGAAGUCUACUGUUACCAGACUCGGCCGAUGGAUUGACUUUGACAAUGACUACAAAACACUCUACCCACAGUUCAUGGAGUCAGUCUGGUGGGUCUUCAAGCAGCUUUAUGACAAAGGCCUGGUGUACAGAGGUGUGAAAGUCAUGCCCUUCUCCACUGCGUGCGGCACUCCACUCUCCAACUUUGAAUCGAACCAGAAUUACAAGGAUGUUCAGGAUCCUUCAGUAUUUGUGACAUUCCCUUUGGAGGAAGAUGAAAACACAUCCUUAGUUGCUUGGACAACCACUCCUUGGACUCUACCCAGUAACCUUGCACUAUGUGUCAAUCCAGAAAUACAAUAUGUGAAGAUCAAAGACGUUGCCAGGGGGAAAUUGUUCAUUUUAAUGGAAGCCAGAUUAUCGGCCCUCUAUAAGCUAGAGAGCGACUAUGAGAUCCUGGAAAGGUUUCCCGGUGCCUCUCUCAAAGGCAAGAAAUACAAGCCGUUGUUUGACUACUUUAUUAAGUGUAAGGAGAACGGUGCCUUCACCGUGCUUGUCGACCACUAUGUGAAGGACGAAGAAGGCACAGGCGUUGUACACCAGGCUCCUUAUUUUGGGGCUGAUGAUCAUCGAGUCUGUAUGGACUUCAACAUUAUUCAGAAAGACUCAGUCCCUGUUUGUCCUGUGGAUGCUUCAGGCUGCUUCACAGAGGAAGUGACACAUUUUGUGGGGCAGUAUGUGAAGGAUGCUGACAAAAAUAUCAUUAGGAUGUUGAAGGAGCAGGGCCGGCUGCUGGUAGCCAGCACCUUCACUCACAGCUACCCUUUCUGCUGGAGGUCAGACACGCCCCUCAUUUACAAGUCAGUGCCCAGCUGGUUUGUGCGAGUGGAGCAUAUGGUGGACCAGCUACUGAAGAACAAUGAUCUAUGUUACUGGGUCCCAGAGUUUGUACGAGAAAAACGGUUUGGAAAUUGGCUGAAGGAGGCACGUGACUGGGCAAUUUCCAGAAACAGAUACUGGGGCACCCCCAUCCCACUGUGGGUCAGUGAAGACUUUGAGGAGGUAGUUUGCAUUGGAUCAGUGGCAGAGCUUGAAGAAUUGUCAGGAGCAAAAAUCUCAGAUCUCCACAGAGAGAGCAUUGACCACCUGACCAUCCCAUCCCGCUGCGGGAAAGCACCAUUGCGGCGCGUCUCUGAGGUGUUUGACUGCUGGUUUGAGAGUGGAAGUAUGCCCUAUGCCCAGGUCCAUUAUCCAUUCGAGAGCAAGCGCGAGUUUGAGGAUGCCUUUCCUGCGGACUUCAUUGCCGAAGGCAUUGAUCAAACCAGAGGAUGGUUUUACACCCUACUAGUGCUAGCCACAGCCCUCUUUGGACAACCACCAUUCAAGAAUGUGAUUGUGAAUGGCCUCAUCUUGGCAAGUGAUGGCCAAAAAAUGAGCAAGCGGAAAAAGAACUACCCAGAUCCAAUUUCCAUCAUCAAUAAGUAUGGUGCCGACGCCCUCAGGUUAUAUCUGAUCAAUUCUCCUGUGGUAAGAGCAGAAAAUCUGCGCUUCAAGGAGGAAGGUGUGCGGGAUGUCCUCAAGGAUGUACUGCUCCCGUGGUACAACGCAUACCGCUUCUUCAUCCAGAACGUCUUUAGACUCCACAAGGAAGAAGAAGUGGAGUUCCUGUACAAUGAGCAUGCAGUCAAAGAAAGCCCUAACAUCACUGACCGGUGGAUUCUAUCCUUCAUGCAGUCCCUCAUUGCGUUUUUUGAGACUGAAAUGGCAGCUUACAGGCUAUAUACUGUAGUACCUCGCCUGGUCAAGUUUGUAGACAUUUUGACCAACUGGUAUGUCCGAAUGAACAGGAGAAGAUUAAAGGGUGAGAAUGGGGUGGAAGACUGUGUUAUGGCUCUGGAGACACUGUUCAGCGUCCUGCUUUCUCUGUGUCGACUGAUGGCCCCGUACACACCCUUUCUUACUGAGCUGAUGUACCAGAAUCUAAAGCUGCUGAUUGAUCCUGCUUCUAUCCAGUUCAAGGACACACUCAGCAUCCACUACCUCAUGCUACCUCGAGUUCGAGAAGAGCUGAUUGACAAGAAAACUGAGACCGCUGUGUCUAGGAUGCAGUCCGUGAUUGAGCUUGGGAGAGUGAUACGAGACCGGAAAACUAUUCCAAUAAAGUAUCCUUUGAAGGAAAUUGUGGUCAUCCACCAAGACCCGGAAGCCCUUGAGGAUAUCAGGUCUUUGGAGAAGUAUAUCAUCGAAGAAUUAAAUGUUCGAAAAGUUACACUGUCUACUGAUAAAAACAAGUAUGGUAUUCGACUAAGGGCUGAACCAGAUCACAUGGUCCUUGGGAAGCGUCUGAAGGGAGCCUUCAAAGCAGUGAUGAUGGCCAUAAAGCAGCUGAGCAAUGAGGAGCUGGAGCAGUUUCAGAAGAGUGGGAGCAUUGUUGUGGAAGGCCAUGAGCUGCAUGAAGAAGAUAUCCGCCUCAUGCACACCUUUGACCAGGCCAGGGGAGGGACUACACAGUUUGAAGCUCACGCUGAUGCUCAGGCUUUAGUUCUCUUAGAUGUCACACCUGACCAGUCAAUGGUGGAUGAGGGCAUGGCUCGGGAAGUCAUCAAUCGCAUCCAGAAGCUUCGAAAGAAGUGUAAUCUGGUUCCAACGGAUGAAAUAACAGUUUACUAUAAUGCAAAGUCUGAAGGAAGAUACUUGAAUAAUGUCAUUGAAAGUCACACUGACUUCAUAUUUGCCACUAUUAAAGCUCCCUUGAAGCCAUAUCCAGUUCCGACAUCAGAUAAUAUCCUUAUUCAAGAACGAACACAGUUAAAGGAGUCCGAAUUGGAAAUCACACUCACCAAAGGAGCAUGUGUGCCUGGUCCUGCUUGUGCUUUUGUGAACCUUAACAUUUGUGCAAAUGGCACCGAGCAAGGCGGAGUGUUGCUCCUGGAGAAUCCAAAAGGUGAUAAUCGGUUGAACCCUGUAAAGCUGAAGAGCGUUAUUAGCAGCAUAUUUGGAGUUAAAAAUGGAAAGCUGUCAGUCUUCCACGGUGAAACAGAAAUACAGAACCAAACUGACUUGUUGAGCCUCAGUGGGAAGACGCUGUGUGUGACUGCAGGAACAUCCCCGCCUCCCAUCAGCAGCCCCAGCACCCUGCUGUGUCAGUACAUCAACCUGCAGCUCCUAAAUGCAGAGCCACAAGAGUGUUUAACAGGAACUGUGGGCACCCUUCUGCUUGAAAACCCACUGGGACAGAACGGACUCACCCACGGAGGGCUUGUGUAUGAAGCAGCCAAGGUAUUCGGACUUCGGAGCAGGAAGCUAAAGCUGUUCCUGAAUGAGGCUCAAACACAAGAAAUUACAGAAGAUAUCCCAAUGAAGACUUUGAAUAUGAAGACUGUGUAUGUUUCUGUCUUGCCAACGACUGCAGAUGGCUAACUGUUAUCAGUAUGCCCUCAGGCAGACUGCCUUGAAUCUCCCCAUCUCCUUACACACAGACACACACACACACACACACACAUACUCACACACUCACACACUCACACACAGAGGCUCAGUGAAGGUAUCUCCUUGGGCGAGUAUCUAAUAUGCUGCUUUGAACCCGAGAUUCAAAUGGGAUUGACUGACUCAAGACCUCCCAUAAUGUUCACAUUUAACCUUAAACAUCUAUGCAGUCGUGUUGGGGGAGGGCCCUAAUGUUACCUCAGCACCAUGAAGCUUAUUUCUAUACUCGAGUAUUUCAGUAUAGAAAGAGGAAGUGGUUUAAAUGGCAUAGUACAUAUAUAUAUAUAUAUAUAUAUGGCCUUGUAAAACUGAUUUGAGACCUUGUGAAGAAAUGGAUAUGUUAUAUAUUUCUGCUACCUGGAUUUUCCUGGAUAAUAUUUUACAUUUGAUUAAAUCAAAACAGUAAACACUCUCUCAGAUACUGUG